AACAGGUGUAACUGGAUCAGUUGGUGCUCAAGGAGUUACUGGAUCACCGGGGGAUGUGGGACCUGCCGGCGCUGCCGGCCCCAAAGGACCGCAGGGCCCCCUAGGCCUAGAAGGACUGACCGGACCCCCUGGAACGCACGGCCCCCAAGGAUGGCGUGGAUUUAUUGGUGUUCCGGGCCCCAAAGGAAACUCUGGGCCGGCGGGGCCAACAGGGGCCCGCGGGGACCUCGGGUUCGAGGGGCCAGUGGGUUCCCCAGGGACACAGGGGCUGAUGGGUCCUCUCGGUGCCACGGGGAAAAGAGGACCUGAUGGAGAGAAGGGGAAUCCCGGGUGCAAAGGAGAGAGAGGCUUCCAGGGUGUCACAGGUAUCGAAGGCCCCCAGGGAGAGAGAGGUCCCAGCGGCCUCCCAGGCCUGCCGGGGUUCAGGGGUCAACAUGGUGAAGGAGGCAUCGAGGGAGAGAGUGGAGAGAACGGUCUCCGGGGGAAACCGGGCAGCCGGGGGUCAAAGGGAAGCAGAGGACCAGUAGGCCGUCAAGGCAGACAUGGACCAAGAGGAGACAAGGGACCCCAGGGCCCGAGGGGACCCAGCUGUCAGCCGGGGCCCUCGGGGUUACCAGGGCUAACUGGGCAUAGAGGGGCUGAAGGAAAGCCUGGGCCCUUCUGGAGGAACUGGCAGCAGCGGAGAUAGAGGAGCCGCGGUAAGAAUCUACCGGGGGGCCCCUACGCUUCUAGACGCUGACGUCACCAACGGCUUUUUCAGGGGCUGGUUAGAACGUGAGGCUAGGA